CGCGCGCCGGCCCCCACCAAGUGGGGAGAAAGGGCGGAUGUCCGCGGGUUCGCGGGGGCGGACGGGACGCGGUUCACGGUGGGCGGCCGGCCGUUCUACCCGAACGGCUUCAACGCCUACUGGCUCAUGUACAUGGCGUCCAACCCCGGCGACCGGAGCAAGGUGCUCGCCACGCUUGACCAGGCGUCCCACGUCGGCGCGACGGUCAUCAGGACGUGGGCCUUCAACGACGGCGGGAGCAACCGGCCGCUGCAGAUCACCCCCGGCGUCUACAGCGAGGACGUGUUCCUGGGACUAGAUUUCGUGAUCGCCGAAGCGAAGAAGCGAGGUCUCUACUUGAUCCUGAGCCUGGCAAACAACUGGGGUGACUUUGGCGGGAAGAAACAAUACGUGCAGUGGGCCAAAGACCAGGGCCACAACCUGGGCUCCGAAGACGACUUCUUCACGGACCGCCACACCCAGAACUUGUACAUGAACCACAUCAAGAGGGUGCUCACCAGAGUCAACAACUUCACGGGAGUGGCGUACAAGGACGAGCCCACCAUCUUUGCAUGGGAGCUGAUGAACGAGCCCCGCGUCCCCAGCGACCUCUCCGGGAAGACCAUGCAGGCCUGGGUGGCGCUCAUGUCCUCCUACGUCAAGUCCAUCGACGAUAAGCACAUGGUGGAGAUCGGCCUCGAGGGGUUCUACGGCGACUCCUCGCCGGAGCGCAAGCGGUUCAACCCGGGCGGCAGUUACAGCGCGGGCACCGACUUCAUCGGAAACAACCGCAUCCCCACCGUCGACUUCGCCACCAUCCACUCCUACCCCGACCAGUGGGUGCCGGGGUCGACGAGCGAGCAGCAGGUGGAGUUCAUGAAGAAAUGGUUGGCGUCGCACACGGAGGACGCGGCGCGCGACGACUACUUCCGCUUGGUGUACGACGCCAUCUACGCGUCGGUGAAGGGGGGCGGGCCCUGCGCCGGGGCCCUCUUCUGGCAGGUGUUGGCGCCCGGGAUGGAGAGCUGGGCCGACGGCUACGAGGUCGUGCUUGAGCGCAGCUCCACCACCGCCGCCCUCGUCUCCCAGGAGUGCGCUAGGAUCGGCAAAAUCACGCCGUGAGUCUAGCUUGCGUAUAUGCAUGCAUCCAUGGGUGUGCAUUCCGCCGCGCGCGCGUGCGUUGGGGAAGCAGCCCUGCAGGAAGCAAGGACUCACGAAUCGUGUUAGGAUAAUUGCAAUCGGCUAAUUACGUCAAGAUUGCUCACAAAUAAGCCUAACAUAUGUAGUAUGUGGCAUACCAAGAAAGGGAGGCCCCCAUUGUAACAUACUAAUAAAGAUUUACCCGCAAAAAAUACUAAUAAAGAUUUUUGUA